AUGGACGAGAGCAGCGGCAACUUCUCGCCCGAGCUCAAGGACUUGGAGACGAAGCUGGGUCGGAAAGUUCCGGACGGUCUCGUGCGGUCUCUUCUUGCGGGGGGGAAACGCAACGAGAAGUCGCCUCAUUUGUCGAGCUGCAAGUUCUGCGCGGAUUCUGCGGAUUUGGAGAGACUGCAGAGUAAAAUGUUGGUGCUCAGACAGGAAAUGGCAAGCCUGCGAGCCAUCGACGUGAAGCUCAUGCAGCAGCUCAUGACGAUUAACGAGGGCAUCGAGUCCAUCCGCUGGAUGAUAGAGGACAAAGGAGACGUUGCCAGCCAUGAUGGCAGCCUGACGGGCAGCUUGUACAGCCUGUCGGACAGCCAGGACGGCUCCUCGCUGCGAGGCAGCUUCAACAGCCUGAACGACGGUAACGAUGACGGACUGGACGGUCUGUCUGUGGGCAGUUACUUGGACACUCUGGCAGAAGACCUCCCGGAUGGCCCCUCACCCACAAACCUUGACUGCAUUAUGGAUAAAAGUGUGAUCGAUGGAGACGCCUUCACUAAAUCGCCUCUGAAACUCCGGGUGGAAUCGGAGGAAUACUACUGCUUCAGAUAAUGACGAUAAGCUCAACACGGACUAC